CUCAUGUCAGAGUUUGUCAUUUAUAUAUAUAUUUUUUAUCAAACAAAUUUUGUAUUUACCCAAAAAAUGAAUCAAUUGAUGAUAACAUACCGCGAAGAUGAGGCUUACUUUAAUGUCAAAUAUGUGACCACGAUAUGGAUGUUCGUUGUAACAAAACCGAGCGAUACCAAAGAAUAUUUGGUGGGAGUCUUGCAGAAAGCAGUUCACAUCACUUGGACAGCAGCCAAUAUUAAUAUUAUAUAUUCAUUUCCAAUACAAUAUUUCGAUGUAGAAAUCGACUGGGAACAGAAUUUGACACUCAUCGAAUGUGAAUGUGUAGAAAAUUUUGAUACUGAUUUCGAGCUAAGUCCACAACAAAAUUUGCAGAAAUUUACGCAAUUAAAAUUUGAGAAUCAAACAUUCGUCGAAGUAGAUAUUGUGAGUGUACUUGAAAUAUUUAUUGACUCCAAUCCAGACAUUAGUUUAUUAUCAUAUUUGGAAGCAUAUUUGAGAGCAAUUUAUGACAAUAAUUUGGCCAUAGAACAAUAUUUGGCCAAUUUUCGUGCCUAUUGUAUUGACACCGAAUUGGACAUUGAGUUGGCAAAAUAUCUCUUAAAUCUUUUCAACUAUAUGAACAUUGAUGAUGAUGACUAUGAAUUUAUGCUGGAGUGCGAUCGAGAGCUGGAGAGCAUCGAACAAUAUGUGGAAUCGCUUUCGGAGCCGGAGAUUCAGUCAAUUUUGGAAAGCAUUUCAAGUGAAGAAUUGAUUUUGAGUUCAAGCUCCGAUUUGGAAGAUGAAUUUGAACACGAUUUGAGGCCAAAAUGUUUACGAACCAAAUUGUUGCAAUACGUGCUAAGGCAUGCGGAGAAUUAUUGUGAAAUGUAUGUGAAGAAAAUUGUGGAAGUAUUCUCAGAGGAGUUUGUGGAGCAAUAUAUACGCGAAUAUUUAGAUAAACAGAUUGGGAAACAUAUUUGUCAACAUCGCUGCUAACCGAUUUCGAUACAUAUGUUAACACUAAAAUGAAAACAGAUAUUGAAUUAUAUCUCAACAUCCAUUUGAGCGAUGACUUGAGUGAACAUUUGCAGGUAUAUAUCGACACCUAUCUGAAACUACGAUUAAUGCCAGCUUCAACCGUUGAUAAGGUUGAUGUAGAAACAACUUCUGAAUCAAGUUCGCAAUUGUCAAACUCGGACAAUAAUCAGCUUGAAGUGUUUUCGUUGUUUGAACUGCAGUUGACGGCAAUUCAACCACAAUUCGCAUAUGUUUCGUUUUGUCCUUUGGUCGGUCUGCGUUUCGAAACCGAUUUAUCUGCUCUGCUGACAAUAGUCGAUUGGGUUCAGCUACAGCGAUAUUUAAGCCACAACGAUUCAACCUACAAUCCAAUUGUUUUUCUGCACAUUCUGCACAAGCAUUAUGAGAUGUUGUAUUUCACAUUGAGCGAAAUUAACGUUAGUAUUUUGCUUUGGUUCAUUUCAUUAUUUGUAUUCAUUCUAAUUUUAAUUGCAACUCUUUGUCAAUAAGAAUAUGUUGAAUAAUAAUAUUGUGAAUUAUUUUAUUAUAAA